UGAGAGCCGGGGAAAUAAAAAAACAAAACCAGGAGGAGAUUAAACUUCGAAAGGAAAUUGUGGUUGGACUUAAAUAUUAUCAGAAGAUAAGAAGUUACACUUGGACAAUGGCAUAAUGAGCAAUGCAACAACAGAUAUUGCUGUCAAUGACGAUAAUCCAUCAACUCUUAAAACAGAGCUGAAGACGAGGACACCUGAUGGUGAAAACAGCUCUAACAUUGAGGUGGUUUCAGUUACGGAGGAAGAUCUCUCCACUGUGGAUACCCCCGACACUCUUUUUGCUAGUCAAGAUCCCAGCCUAAAAGCUGACUUUCACACAGAGAAAGAUCCAGCAAAACCUACAGAUCCUCAACCUCCAGCUGCACCUAGUCCAACUAUGCCAGUCACUAAAGUUCAGCCAUUUAUUAACGACAAUGACUUGAAUAAGGGAUGGAAGAACAGAAUGGUUACCCAUAAACUUGAGCUGCUCAUUGCUUCAGGUGUCAUCUUGAUGGUGUUUCUUGCCCUCAGCAUUGGCCUUGGAGUGGGUCUAAGCUGUGAGGGAAAGUUUCGCUGUGGAUCUCAGUGUGUCAGUGCCUUGGCUCGGUGUGAUGGAACAUUCGACUGUGAAAACCAUGAAGAUGAGCUUGGCUGUGGAAGCAAACUCACCUUACAUGAAAAAAGGAUGUUAAAUAUCAUUGAAUGCAAAUGCAUUUUCUUUUUUUCUUUUUUUUCUUUCUCCAGUCAUAUAGAGUCCUCUUUUCUCCCAGUGACCUCCAUUGAGCAGGACCUUCAGUCGAACCUGAUUUCCUUUAACUAUAGCCAGACAGAGGUCAUUAAACUCCAGAACGCUACAACCUUUACAAAGCAGCAGUGCUCCUCAGGGAUGGUGAUCACCCUGAAAUGUAUAGCGUGUGGUUCUACGCCUAAGUACAACACGCGUAUUGUUGGGGGUAAUACCUCCAAACCAGGUCAGUUUCCCUGGCAGGUCAGCCUCCACUUCAGGAGUGAGCACCUAUGUGGAGGCUCCAUCAUAGCAUCAAGGUGGAUCCUCACUGCAGCCCACUGUGUGUAUGGAUUUGAGGACUCCUCGCUGUGGACGGUUCAUGUGGGGCUGACAGAGCAGCUGAUCCAUGGGGCCCAUUCUUUGACUGUAAAGAGAAUUGUGUAUCAUGCUCAGUACCAACCCAAAGGACUGGACUAUGACAUUGCAUUGAUGAGACUAGAGGAGCCUCUUGUUUUUAACGGCCUUGUGGAACCCAUUUGCUUGCCUAACUAUGGAGAGGAAUUUACUGAGGGCACAAUGUGCUGGAUCUCUGGCUGGGGAGCCACAGAGGAAGAUGGAGAGUCCAGUAUUGUUCUACGCGCAGCCAGGAUACCGCUUAUCUCUACCAAGACCUGCAACCAGCCAGAAGUUUACAAGGGCCUUAUCUCAUCUUGGAUGAUUUGUGCAGGGUACUUGGAAGGAAGAAUUGACUCCUGUCAGGGAGACAGUGGGGGUCCUCUUGCAUGUGAAGACGCUACUGUGUGGAAGCUUGUUGGAGCAACUAGCUGGGGGAUUGGCUGUGCAGAGAGGAACAAACCAGGAGUUUACACUCGUAUUACGAAGUCACUCAGUUGGAUCCGCAUGCAGAUGGAGGGAGAAGAGGUCUUGAGGUCUAUUAACUCUGACAACAGAAAAAUGAAUAUUAAGAAUGAUUGAUAUACAAAUAUCUGCUUCAAGCUGAACAAAGAAAGAUCACCAGAAAGAUGUGGGAAUCGUUUAUUCCAAAAU